UCGCAAGUGGGGAUCGGAUCGUCUUGCGCGGAUAUACACAAAAGAGUGGGAACGGAAAUAUAUAUCGCGCAUCGAUCUUUUCGGCUUCUGUCGAAACUAACAUUCGCUGAUCGCCCUCGAACUCGUCGCUUGUUUACACUACCAAUUGAUUUUAGUUUGGCACUUACCACGCCACCGAGCGAGCUUUUUCAAUUAGCUGACAACUGACCACAUAGUAACAGUCAAUUAUUCUGUUCGAUUUGCCAUCCAUUUCUCAAGACGUUCCAACGACUACGGUUCGACGAUACCAUUGAGUUAACUGCCAUAUUGAACGGCGAAGGUGAAUCGCAUUGGAAAAUCCACCUAAAAGCGUGCCAAACAUUAGCGAGACCGACAGUACUCAGUGUGAUCCAUUAACAGGCUCUCACAGCUUGCACGAUGUGUGGUGGGUCGCGCGGGAGCCUGCGUUUGUUAAUACUGGCGAUUCUGUGUUUCGCCGCGCGGAUCGGCGAUGGAUUUCGGAUACUAUGCGUAUUUCCUCUGACAGGAAAGAGCCACUUCAUUAUGGGCGAGAGUCUGAUGCGCGGCUUGGCCGAACGCGGACAUCAGGUCGACGUGUACUCGCACUUUCCGCUGAAGAAGCCGCCACCGAAUUACAGGGACUACAGCCUCGCCGGGACGUUGCCCCUCAUGGUCAACAACCUCACUUAUCAGUUCUUGUCGACGAUCAUGGUGCAGGGACACUCCAUGUCACGGAUGAUGUCCACCAGCGGGGACAACAUUUGCGAAAUGCUGAAGCUGCCGAUUUUUCAAAGGCUUAUCAAGAAUCCGCCGAAAAAUCCGCCUUACGAUCUUGUCAUAACCGAGUUGUUCGUCUCGAACUGUUAUCUUGCAUUUGGGCGUCAUUUGGAUCUUCCGCUCGUUGGACUAGUGUCGACCAGCAUGUUAGAUUGGUUGCACGAUCCGCUUGGGAAUCCGCACAAUCCGGCGGUCGACACGAGCAUUCUCUCCGAAUACUACCGGCCCGCGACAUUUAUCGAAAGGUUCGGCAAUUUCCUAACGAGCAUUUACAUCAAGUACAGCUUCAACUACUACGUGAGGAGUCAAGACGCCUACGUUAAAAAAUACUUCGGACCGGGACUGCCAAAUGUCGUCGAAAUGCAAAAAGAUAUAGACCUCGUGCUCGUCAAUUACCACCAUGCGCUGAGCGGAAUAAGAGUGCACACACCGGCAAUCGUGCCUGUCGGCGGCUUACACAUAGUCGACACCAACGAGACGUUGCCCCCGAGCGUGCAACGAUUUCUGGACAGGAGCGAGCAUGGAUUUGUGUACGUUUCUUUUGGGUCGAUGGUUCGGCUCGAGACUUUUCCGAAGCACGUGUUGGAUGUGUUUUACGGCGCGUUCGCGAAGAUUGCACCUAUCAGAGUGCUCAUGAAAAUAGUCGAGCCCGAGGAACUGCCGCCCGGGCUCCCUUCCAACGUCAUCACUCGGUCUUGGCUGCCGCAAAUCGCAGUUUUAAAACACAAAAACAUCAAAGCUUUCGUAACCCACGGCGGCGUGAUGAGCACGCAAGAGUCAAUUUACUUUGGCGUUCCCAUGGUUGGAAUACCUUUGUUCGGGGACCAGCCCUUCAACGUCGUCGCGUACGUUCAAAAAAAUUUAGCUGUCAAGCUCAACUGGCAAAACAUGUCUGCAACAGAUCUCGCAAAAGCUAUCAAGAUGGUCAUUGAAAAUCCGAUCUAUAAAGAGUCAACCAACAAAGUCAGCAAACUCUUCCGAGACGUUCCGAUGAGUCCAAAAAAUACUUCAGUAUUUUGGGUGGAAUUCAUAGCAAGACACGGAAAGCGCACUCUCCGGCACCCAUUAGUCGAUAUGCCCUGGUGGCAAGCCUCAUUGUUGGAUAUUUAUGCAUUUCUCAUUUUUCUUAUAUUACCCGUGAUAUACGCUUUAAAGAGGAUAUUUACACUUACAUUAAGUAAGCUCAUUUUACAAUGUCAGUCCAACCGUGUGAAAGUCAAAAGGAAUUAAUGUUAAUUUGCCCAUUACAUGCAGUAUUAAAUCGAAUAAAUGUUUUAGUGUUUUAGUUUUAUUUAUUAAUUUUUUUAUAAUAAUCGAAUGUGAAAGUCAUAGGUGUGUAUAUCAUUAUGGUUCUUUAGUACAUGUUUGCUUUUAUUUUUAGAGUUUCAAUAAAAUUAAAAAAAAAAUUGUACCAAAAAACCGUUAUUAGUUCAUACGUAUUUGUCAAAUGUGUUUGGAAGUGAUUAAGCGCCGCGUAUGAUCUUCAACUAAAUCAUCUUUAGGCAGCUCACGUUAUUCUUUGAGUUCGGUACUUUUAAAAACUUUUUCGGUAAAAUCAUUUUUUCAUGCCUGAGAAAUUGAUUUUAUGGAUAAAUUGAAUACAAAGAAUCGCGCACACGGAGCAAAAUAUUUUGUAAUAAGUAUCACUAUGUGCAUAUUCCAGAUUUUUCAAUUUGCUACCAAGAAAAUCCAUAAGCUUAUUCCGAGUACUUUAAGAAGAGUACGUUACGAUACGAGUGCGACAAAGAAAAACGCUUUUCCUAACAUCUGUCGUAUACUGUAUUUUUCGAUACGACGCGUGCAAAGUGCGAAUUUCAACGGACGUAUUUUGCCGAGCGCGCGGAAAAAAACGCACAUUGCGCACGGACUGUCGAAUUUGUAGGUAAAUCGCGUUCAACUUAUGAAUUCCUGUCUUAAAUUAUGCCGAUAAACUACUGCGUUUAAUAAAUAUUUGCGAUAGUAACAAAAUAUAAUGUUUUAUUCCUGUAUUAUGAGUAAUAAGUUAAAAAUAUAGAGAAAGCUGUGACGUAAUUCUGUUUUAUUAUUUAAAAUAUAGUUUACGAAUUUUAUUUUAUUUAUUCAAAAGCAACAUCAUUUACACUCACAGAAGUGAAUUAAUCACUUGGAUGCGGAAUUGGUACUGUAAUCAUCACGCAAAAAUUAAAGCUUCGAAACUAAGAAACUAAAAACUUAAUUAAUACACAUAUUACGAAAAUUGA